UCGUACAAUCGAUUGGACAAAGUCAAUCAUAUGAACGGCAGGUCGAAACGACCGUGAAUCUGACGAACGUCCCGUGUCGCUCUCAGUGGGACAUCACUUCGCGCUUCGUGCACUUCCGCCCUACUUGUAUCGCGUAUCGUCUGUUCGGAACCUACGAUCUUACACACCCAUUGUGUUUAUAAUGAAACUGUCAUAGACUUUUUGGGAUGCAAUGCUAUAAGUGAAGGCACGGGUCACGAUAGGACUACAAUGUAGAGCUGUUAACCCGGCGGAGGACAAUGAAAGAGGGCGGUCGCGAGGAGGAGCCGACCAACGCGGCGGAAGCGACGCCGGGUAUGCGCAUCGAACACACCUGCUGUUGCCUCGGCGUGUUGGUGGGCGUCUCUCUUAUCGCCGCCCUCGUAGCCGUGAUCCUGAUGAGGGACAAUACAGUCGAAGUCACAAUACUGCGACAAGUCCACGUGUUAAUGUCUCAUGGAGAGCGAACGCCCAGCGAGCGUGAGUUAGCAAUGCUCGGAGCACCACCACCGGACCACGUAUUUGUCCCUUAUGGCGCUGGAGCCUUGACUAAUGAAGGAAAGUUACAAACUUUCGAAAUGGGCGCAUUACUUAGAAAAAGAUAUAACGACUUCUUAGGACCUUAUUACGAAGGUGAUAAAAGUAAAGUUAUAGCAUCCGAUACGAAUCUUAGCAAGAUGACAGCGCUGCUGAUAGCAGCCGGGCUAUGGCCACCGCCACCGAACCAAAUUUGGAAUAACACUAUGAACUGGCAGCCCGUACCCUAUACUUAUCUACCGCGGAAUAAAGACUUUAUUCUUUACGAAGAAAAUUGUCCACGGUACAUCCAAGAGAAAGAGAGGCUGUUGAAAGCAUUUGCGGAGGAAGGUUUACUCACACCUUACCGAGAUCUUUUCCAGAAGAUCGCACACAUGACCGGAACUAACUUUAGUACACCUCAAGAUGCGUACAAUUUAAACAACUUAUUUGUAAUACAAGAUGACAUAAAAGUCCCUAAUCCGAAAUGGGCAAAGCAUGUGAAGAGAAAGUUGAUGGAUGUCGCUAGGUUGGAAUACACUAUGAUGUUUCAUAACAACCUCUUAAGAAAACUGAGCGGAGGUGCACUAGUAGCAGAGAUAAUAGGAGAAGCUGAGUUACACGGAAGAGACCCAGCGAGUCCAAAAGCCAUAGUACGUAUCGGUACACCCGUGACUGUGGCCGCUUUACUGGCAGCGUGUGUCGCACCGCCGCCCCGCCUGCCCGACCCCGGCGCCGCGUUAUUGUUCGAGUUACACGAAAAGCAACCUUCGAAACAAGGGAACAAGGAGCAAAAGACUUUGAGCCAUGGACAACGAUAUGGAUAUAAAAUCUUCUACUGGGACGAUGACUCGGCGGAACCUCGAUUAAUGGAGGUUCCCGGGUGUACCGCGUUGUGCCCUCUUGACACUUUCAAGGAUAUAACGAGUUAUAUUUUAACAUAUGACUAUAAGGAAGACUGCGAAGUUGUUCCUCAUGACUCCUCCAAUAUGACUCAUAUAAAAAGUGAUUAAAGUGUUUAUAGUUUAAGACAAGACUUGAGAUGUGCUAUUUUUACGUAGAAAAAAAUAGAUAUGUAAUAAUAAUGUUUUAAUAUGCAUACCAAUUUAUUCCAGUUACAUAUUAAGAAAAUUAGUACAUAUUGGCUAACUCUAACCUGAUUUCACUGUGGUGUUUAUAGAUAUGAUACGAAAAUGUAUUAUUAUAUUAAUAAACA